CCCUGGACUAACUAGCUGACGUAUCUUCGCUAUGUCAUCCAGAUAUGCUACAAAUGGAAACUCUUCAGGAGGGCAGUGAGUAAAUUAAGGCUAGAAGCAUGCUCAGGCACAUCCCACAUCUCCUGUGGAACCGUCCCUGGGUAAGCGCUAUGGUGGGAUGCAAAUACGCCGUCUAUCUCACUUGCCUCCCAGCGACUUCCACUGGCCAUCUCUCUUUCCACUAACUCACAGAGGCCCAGAGUGCCAUCAUUCGUUGAUUAACUUGUUGGCUUUUUCUUUCUCCUCCUAAUAGGAGCAGGCACCAGAUUACUUGCUGUUCCAAGUCCGUCAUGGCAACCUCUCAGGAACAGGAACAGCGGCCUGUGGUCGUCUGCGUCUUCUGUGGCUCCACGGCAGGCAAUAACCCGAAGCACCUCGAAGCGGCCCGCGCGCUGGCCGUGGAAUUCCACAAGAACAACAUCCAUCUCGUCUACGGCGGUGGCUCGACAGGCCUAAUGGGAGAAGUAGCACGCACACUUGUCUCCCUCUCCGGUCCGGAAGCAGUUCACGGCAUAAUCCCCGGCGCCCUUGUCAGCGUUUCAUACGAUAAACCGAAAGAGGAGCAACAACGCCGCACUGAAGAGGAAUCCACCGCGCGUAAAGCACACGAGCGAGUGCUUCCUGGUGCUAAGGAUACAUUUGAGGUGUUCCAGGAUUCCGAGUACGGUACUACCACUGUCGUUCCUGAUAUGCAUACCCGGAAGCGGCUUAUGGCCCGGAAGGUCAUCGAGGGUGGCCCUGGGUCUGGGUUCGUGUCGUUGGCCGGUGGCUUUGGAACUAUGGAAGAGGUUAUGGAGAUGACCACUUGGAAUCAAUUGGGAAUCCACAAGGUUGGAGUAGUGCUGCUUAAUAUCGAUGGGUAUUGGGAUGGGGUGCUGGGUUGGAUCAAGAAUGCCGUUAAGGAAGGCUUUAUCCAUGAGUCCAAUGGGAGUAUCCUGGUCGAGGCCAAGGAGGUGGCUGAAGUCUUGCCCAAGUUGAGAGACUACAAGGUUAGUAGUGGCCGGAUGGGGUUGAAUUGGGGUGAAGAGUAGAUGGGGUCGUCGUUGUCUGGGUUUGCCCUCUUUCGGCGUUGGUUAUGGCAUGACAUUGAGUAAAAGGUUAGACCAUAGAGCCUAUGAAAUAGAAAAAUAAAUU